CAGCGCGCCGGGCCGUGGAUAAGACGUGACGCCUGCGGCUCAGGGCGCCUCCCCCCUCGGCUUCCCGAACCCUGCCAGGUCCGACCCGAGGGGGAGGAUGGAUACUCCUGCUGCGUUCUGAGCCUGCGCAGAAGAUAACACCCCUGCGGCCACAGCACCCCACCGUCCUGCCCAGGCCACCCCCUCGUCCCUUCUACUAACUCGGUCCCCCGGAGUCGGACGCGUGGAACAGCGCGCGAUGGCAGACCACUUGAAGAAGCUGGCCAAAAGCGAAUCUUUUCAGACCCUCCAGGAUAAAGUCACCUACUGGAUGAAGGACUACAACACCAACACCUGUGAUGAAAAUCUAAAUUAUUGCAUCGGGCUCAUCGAAGAAGUCGCCAAAGUACAAGCACAGCUCUUUGGGAUCCUCACAGUGACAGCCCAAGAAGGAGGACAUAAUGAGGGUGUGGAAACAAUCAAGGGUCGCCUUCUGCCUUUGCUGGAGACUUCUUUCAGUUCUGUAAAUGUGACAAAACUUAUGGAGAACAAGGACUCCUCUCUGCAGGUCACGUAUCUUAGAGAUAGAAACAAAGACCGUAACGUGCGGGAACAGGACCAACAGCCAUUAGACAGUGACUUCAGCCCAGACCGCCAACAAAACCAGGUUCAAGACGAUCUGGCUGACACUGGAAAGAGUCUUGAUGGAACCAAGAGCAGAUCAACCAUAUCCCUCAUGGCUGCAGAGGAGGAGAUAAAUCAGCUAAAAAAGCAACUUAAAUCUCUUCAAGCCCAGGAAGAAACCCGCCACAGACACUCAGACAGUCGGCGCUCUGAGGCUUCCAAGUCUGACCGUCGAGUUUCAAGCAAACGGACGUCAGAUGCGCGGACCUCAGAGCCACGGAGCCAAGAGGUGAUGUCAGACUAUGGGAAACAGCUCCAAAAUCUGAAGGAUGAGAUAGCUGUCUUGUCUGCUGAAAAAGCCGGUCUCCAGGGAAGGUCAACCAGGAGCCGGUCUCCUAGCCCUAGCCGCAGCCGAAGCCGCAGCCGCAGCCGGUCCAACAGCCCCUGCACCACAGUGGCCAAGAUCAGAAGCCCGUCCCCAAACCGGUCCAAAAUAUCCAGCGUGGCCCGCAAAGCUGCUCUCCUGUCCCGCUUCAGCGACGCCUAUUCCCAGGCCCGCCUGGACGCGCAGUGUUUGCUGCGGCGCUGCCUGGACAGAGCGGAGACGGUGCAGCGGAUCAUUUACAUCGCCACAGUGGAGGCAUUUCACGUAGCUAAAAUGGCGUUCAGGCACUUCAAGAUCCGGGUAAGGAAGAUGCUGACCCCGUCGCACGUGGGCUCAAAUGACUUUGAGAGCACGGUUAUGGACUACAUCAUCUGCCAUCUUGAUCUCUAUGACUCGCAAAGCAGUGUUAAUGAUGUGAUCCGCGCCAUGAACGUCAACCCCAAGAUCUCCUUCCCUCCUGAAGUUGACUUCUGCCUCCUCCACGACUUCAUCCAGGAGAUAUGCUGCAUUGCCUUUGCAAUGCAGUCCUUGGAUCCACCACUUGAUAUCGCGUUUGGGGCCGAUGGAGAAGUCUUUAAUGAUUGCAAGUACCGCCGCAGCUAUGACUCGGAUUUCACUGCUCCCUUGGUCUUUUAUCACGUGUGGCCUGCUCUCAUGGAGAAUGACUGUGUCAUUAUGAAGGGAGAAGCUGUCACCAAGAGAGGGGCUUUUUGGAGUUCUGUGCGACCUAUAACACGCUGCCGCAGCAGGAGUUUAAGUCCCAUCUGUCCUCGUAACCACGUUGGAUUAAGCACGAUGUCUCGGAGUCGGAGUCCUUCUCCAAUAAGAUGUACAUUGCCAAGAUACUAAAACCACCAGCCACGUUUGUUUGCCACAGUCCACUGGAACAGCCAGCUUCUUCAGUGCCUCCACCUACCUGACUUGUCUGCCUCCGACCUCACUUAACAUGAAAUGAAAAGGCAAUUCUGUGUAUCACUCCGCACAGAGAGUUCAAUGCUUUGGCUCAGUGCCUUUGUAACUCUGGGUAACAUAGCCGCUCCUUUUAUUUUGUAGGAACAAAUUCCAUCAGUUUCAUAAAAACAAGGACAUAGGCAUAUAGGAUCACAUUCAUUUGAAUGAAGUCCAUUACGAAGGAAUGGACUUCCCUCCCAAAGUACUGGGCUCUUUCAGAGCAACCCUAGGAGUGAAAGUAGAAGCCAUUAUCCAGCCGAGUCCCAAAAGAAGGACAAGUGCUUUUCUUUGCGGAUCAGUCAUACAUGCUCUCAUUGUUAGCAUCAGCUUUUAGCCCUGAAACCGUGGGUUCAGUCUUCUGAUCCCCUUUCAAGGUUUCCAAAGCAUCUGUAGCCUCAGGCUGGGAAGUUCAUCCCAGCACCACUCACAUCAGGGAAAAUGUAGACCAUAAGAAGAUAUUACUUUCAAGGGAUAGAACAGUUAGCUUGCUUCUCUCUUUGUACUUUGGCUGAAUGUCAAAGCUACUGGGUUUUCUGUUUCCCAUUUUCCUUCCUUCCUUCCUUCCUUCCUUCCUUCCUUCCUUCCUUCCUUCCUUCCUUCCUUCCUUUCUUCCUUCCUUCUUUCUUCCUUCCUUCUUUCCUUCCUUCCUUCCUUCCUUCCUUCCCUUCUUUUUCUUUCUUUCUGUUUUUGUAUACAGGUACCAGAACUAACUCCUCCAUAUUCCCCCCUUUACACGUUUUCUUGCAAGAUACACAAUCAAUCAACAAAUUUAAUCAACUAACAAUUGAUUAACAAUCAAGCUUAAUCAGCUAAUGAACGAAACGGCUCAUACACUGGCACCUUAUUACAGAUAGGUUAAUGUUGAGUAAUAAAAGAUGCCCCAGAAUGGGGCCCGUGAGAGGGCUUCCUAUAGAGCAGCGCUGUGGUUAGACAUCAGCUUGAGAUCCGUGUUCAUCAUCUGCCGUUUGUCUCACAACUAGGACCGCUUCAGAGUUUUAAUGCGUGUGUUAAAUGUAGAGCUGACCACCCCCACACUUACUCCUCUAGCUGUGCUGAAUUUUCCUGGCGUCUGCCUGUGACGUCACCGGCUAUGACUGAACAUCAGCAAUGGGAGGCACCUUGCCACCCUUGGGCGUGACUUUCUGAGAUGGUGGGCCUCUCAGAAAAUUACAUUUCAGCUAAAAGCCAGGCUUAUCCAACUUAGCGACAGCAUUCCUGAAUGACCAAUUGUGUGAUAAAACUGCAAUUGUCACUUGUGUUGUGUGACAAGAGGCCUUUCUUUUUUUUAAAUGAACAUUAAAAUUCCAAACCAACCUUUAUUUUUUAACUAACCAUCAAAACAAUAUUCUUUUCAUUUUUCUUUAUUAAGAAAUUUUCUACUGACUCCACAUACUAUCCACAGAUCCCCCUCCUUCCUCCUCCCACCCCCCCCAGCCCUCUUUCCCAAGCCACCCUGCAACCCCACAUCCCCCAAAUCAAGGUCUCCCAUGGGGAGUCAGCAGAGCCCAGCACACUGAGCCUAGGCAGGUCCAAGCCCCUUCCCCACUGCACCAAGGCUGCGCAAGGUGUCACACCACAGGCACCAGAUUCCAGAAGCCUACCCAUAGACCAGAGACAGAUCCCGAUCCCCCUGCCUGAGUGCCCCCCAAACAGUUCGAGCCAAACAACCAUCUUCCGUAUCCAGAGGGCCUAGUCCAGACCCAUGGGGGCUCCACAGCCACCCGUCCACAGUUCAUGGCAAAAGGCCUUUCUUAAGAUCUUACUAAGUAUUGAGGAUGCCUCUGUAUCUUAAUUUUUUUUUCUUUUCCCCCUAAAGCCCUAUGUGUCAUGUAAUUUGGAAACAGCAGUCCAGUUAUUUGCUCUCAAUCCUAUCAAGUCACUUUCCUUCUCUCAAGGUUCUGAUUUGAGCUCCCAUGCAGAGAAAGCCAAAUAGUGCAGAGCAUCUUUUGGAAGGUGUCCUCGAUCCCGGAGGAGGCUAGCCUGUCCUCAUGGCAUCUGGGUGUGGGAGGCUGGAAAGCUCUUGUUUCGCACUCUGGGUCCAUGUGGGUUUCUGUGUUGUUGCUCAGCAUCUAAUAAAGCCACAGUAGAGUGCUGUACUCUGACAUGUCCUCUUUCCAGAUUCUCAGGUUCCGUGGUGCCCCCCACCUUCACUAAUCCAUGAUCGUGAACCACGGUCACACAUUCAUCAAGUAAAUACUGACCGUAGCCUGCCCCGGCUGGCUUGACCCUGAGAAAGCUGCAGCCCACGGGGGAGCCAAAUGGCUGGAUUUGUUUUGUCUUAAUCACAGCUCCUCUCGCCUGCUCGGGAUGCCCCUGCGGACCCCGCUUAGCUGUUUCCCUUUACGUGACUUCGGUGGCUCCUCACAAUAGCUAGGUGCGUCUGUGGCUUUGUAUAUAAGGAACUUUUUUGUUCACUGCAUUCUACAAUCUUGUUUCAAUGUCUUUUGCUUUAGGGUGAGACCCUGUCUCAUUUUCUUCUGUUGGUACGCAGCACUGGUUCUUUACUUUUUUUGAAGGGGAAAUUAUACAUUUACAUGCAUAUAUACAUAUAGAUAUCUAUCUCCCGGAUUUGUCCUAUAGUGCUGAGGAUAUAUAUGUGGAGAAGGGUUGGCUUUAUGGAGUUUAAUGUCCCAUUUAGCUGUAUUCCUUUGUGAUUUUCUGGUCAUAAAGAACAGAUGUGAAUACCUAAGAACUUGGAGCCACUGAAAGCUGGGCUUGUAGUAUACAACUGUAACCUCAGCACUUGGGAGACCAAGGCAGGAGGAUUGUCAAGAGUUUAAGGCCAGUUUGUGCUAUUUAGUGAGUUCUAGGGCAGCCUGAGCCGCUUAGGAUGGCCUUGUCUCAACCAACAAAAAGAAAAACACACAGAGAGAAAGGUCCAGUAAAUAUAGCGAAGAAAAUGCUACAUGGAUCCCAUGAAGGAUUCAAAACUACUAUCAGGCAAAGUAUCUCUACAUAGAACAAAGCUGUGGGGUGGCUGGGGAGAAUGUCCCAGCCAGCUCAGUGCCUGUUGUACAAUUAUAAAACUCCAAGUUUGGAUCUAGCACCAAGGAUCCAAAGGCUGAGCCAGAGACAGGCCCGCUGCUGGAGCUCCUGGUCCA